AUGGCAGCCAUCUCACGAGCCUGUCGGAUCCGCAAUCCAGCCUUAUUCAUCUGCGACCUCCAAGAGAAAUUCCGCGCCAUCUACGAGUUCCCGAAACUCAUAACAACAACCACCAAACUCCUCAAAGCCUCCUCAGCACUCAACAUCCCCGUCUACGUGACCACGCAAAACCGCCCACGACUAGGCGACGUCGUCUCCGAACUCCAACCCUACCUCUCCACGCCGCUUGUGCGCGCCAACAUCGAUAAGACGCUUUUCUCGAUGAUCACGCCGGAGCUCGAUGCGCUGUUGCCGAACGCGAAGGGCGGGGAGACGCCGCUGGAUGUUAUCAUUGUGGGGAUCGAGACGCAUAUCUGUAUUACGCAGACGACGCUGGAUUUGCUGGAGCGCGGGCAUAGGGUGUAUGUGAUUGUUGAUGGGGUGAGUAGCAUGAAUAAGGAGGAGAGGGGGGUGGCGCUUGCGCGGCUCCGGGAUGCCGGCGCGAUUGUGACGAGUAGUGAGGGGAUUUUGUUUGAGAUAUUGGGGGAUGCGGGCAGGACGGAGUUCAAGGCUGUUAGUGGGUUGGUGAGGGAGACGAAGGAGGAGACGAGGGAGGCGAUGGAGGUGUUUUCGAAGAUUUGA